CUGGAAUCUUCCUACUGCAAGAAACGGCUGUGACUUGGCUCUGGAACAUAUCAACAAUCAUCCUACGUUUUUGAAUGGUUAUCGUUUGGAGUUCGUGUUUGGAGACUCUAUGGUAUGAAUAAUUGCCUCUAGUCAAGGUUUGGUCUUAAUUAAUCAGGCAGACUUCAUAUAUUGGGUUACAAUGCAGAAGAUCUAAGUUACUAUCUAUAUGUUAUAGAUAUUUGCUCAAGAGUUUGUUUGCUCCUAGUGGUGUCAUGCAUAUGCAUCUCUUGUUUGAAUAAAUAGCACGAAUAAAUAGCAUUGAUUUUUCAUUAGCAUUUCUGAUUGCAGCAUGGUUUUCAUACCUAAUCUUUUGGCUGGGAAAAUAGCAUAUCUUAUUAAUAUAAAGAAUUAAGAGAAUUAUAUAUAGUUAUUCAGUGCUUGAUCAAAUGUGAUACUUUAUUUAUUUAUUUAUACCUACAUACAGGGACACUGUACACAUUUAUAAUAAUGUCAUAUAUACUGGAUAUGUCAAAACAAGUACACUGCAGUUCUGAAGAGGUAAAAAUGAAAUGGCUUGACCACACUAUCCACCAGACAAGUGACAAGAAGAAUGAAGAUGCCAUGACACACUGUGAUAGGACUACAGGUAAUGUUGAGAUGUUAAAGAUGUUUGAACAGAAGAAAAAGGUUGUGGCACUGAUAGCUGCAGGAUGCUCUACAGUUACAGAGCCACUUGCUGAGUCAUCUCACUAUUGGAAUCUUUUGCAGUUUAAUUUUCUUUCUACAUCACCAUCACUGCAAGAGUGUGAUAAACUUCCAAAUUUGUAUACUUUACAACCGUCUGAGUAUGGUCUAGUUCCUGCAAGAGUUGCACUAUUGAAAACAUUUAAGUGGACAAAGGCUGUUAUAUUUCAUCAGCCAAUCGAUCUGUGGUCUUUGACUGCUGAAAAGCUGCAUGAAGCUUUUGUAGAGGCAAAUUUCACAUCUGAGAUGCUUUCAGUGUCUGGUGAUGCUGACAUUGUACCUGCAGUGCAACAUGCAGUGAAAACAAAGAUCAGGAUUUGGAUUAUUUUAUCAUAUGAAAAUGUUGCAAAGAAACUUAUCUGUCAGGCAUCUAAACAUGGCAUUCGUUCUACAACAUACACGUGGGUUUAUGUUGGUGGCAUUUGUGAACCAGAGUGGUACUUGAAACAGCAUAACGAGAGUGGAUGUUCAAAGAGAGAGUUACGUGAAGCAUUUGAUGGGCACUUCUCAGUAGACUAUGCUCAUUAUGGUGCUGACAAUGAAAGCCUUGUUCUUCCAACAGACAAGACUGUCUUGGAGGUUGCCAAUGAAAUUCGUAACUAUCCGGCGCAAUCACCUGGUAUUUCUUGUCGAAAGAACAACAUAAGAUAUGUUUUUGAAGGACACUUGGGAUUUGGCUAUGAUGCUGUGGUUGCAACGGCAUUGCUGCUGAAGGAGUACAUGCGAUACAAUUCAAAUAUACCACUGGAAGACUUUACCUACAAGGAUUCUAAUGUUAUUACAAAGUUGAAUGAGAUUGUGAUGGACAGUUCAUUUCAAUUUGAUGGCAUUACUGGAAAAAUUAAGUUCUUUGAUCGCAAGUGCCAAAGCAACUCUUCCUGGGGUCGAGUAAUAGCUCGAUAUAAUAUAAAUAACAAUUGGAGUUUUGUAUGGGAGUACAACAAUGACAACGAUAGUGACACUGGUCACCUGCUAGAUGAACCAGAAUGGCCAGGUGGGAAACAACCAACCGACUUUCCUGAGCAGCGGUUUGUCUCCUCCAUUGCAUUUGGUGUGGUGACUUUUUUUGUAUGCAUCGGCGUGAUUUUGACCUUUGGCUGCUUUGUCUAUGGUUUACUUAAUCGGAAUAUGAGGAUUUUUCGUUUGUCAGGGCCACGAUUAAAUGCUGUUGUAGCUAUUGGGUGUUUGCUUGGCUAUAUGUCUGUGCUAUUGGAUGGACUAAAUGGCCAAUUCUUUGCUCUGCAGUUGUGGUCUUGCUAUGUCAAGGUGUUUCUGUAUGCUGUUGCGUUCAGUUGUAUGUUUGGUGUUGUAUUGGUUCAGAUGUGGCGUGUAUCUCUUGGUAUCAAGCAAAAUGAUGUCAAACAAAAUCGAACUAAGCGUCGACCUUCUACGUUUGCAGUUGAUCUAACAGAAAACAAGUUGCUUGUUUUUAUUGGCAUAUUUUUGGUUAUCGAUGUUGUCCUUGUCAUCAUCUGGUUUAGUGUUGAUCCAUGGACUACAGGGACCAGACCGUUAGAGAGUGGUGACAUUUAUCAAUUUGAGCAAGACAAAUGUGUGUGCAACAAUUUUUGGGUGUGGACAUAUGUGUUUUCAGGAUACAAAGGUCUACUUCUGACGUUUGGAAUUUAUCUGGCAUUUGACAUACGGCAGAUCAAAGUAGCACUUCUGAGUGAUAGCCGGUUUAUGGCAUUUGCAGUCUACACAACAGUUGUAUUCUGUAUUAUGCUUUUUGCAUUUCUACACGUGGAAGUAACAGAUCCUGAUGUAUACUAUGCUCUUACAUCAUUUAUGAUGUUGAUUAUCAUCUCUGUUCUUCUCCUUCUUUUGUAUGUACCAAAGAUUUAUGUGUUGAAAUUUCAUCCUGACAAGUUUGUUGGUGGUAUUGGGCCAGCUCGUGCUGUAGAAAAAGGCUCAAUGAGUGACCACACUAUUGCAUCUACACAUCACAUCAAUCUACUUAGGAGGCGAAGUGCACACCAACUUGAAAUAAUAACAACUCUAAUAGAAGAGCGAAACAUUACCGAUGCAACUAUUGAACGAGUCACAGAUUUAGUGGACUUGCACAGUAACAUUGAAACUGUUGGGAGUGAUCGACUUGAAAGUACAUCUAGCACAGCUAGGGUAUUGUCAGAUGAUUCUGGUACACCAAGUAAUACAAAGAAGGCAGCAACAGGCAUAAAAUCAGACUCUAAUCCAUCAUCUGAUGAGAAGUCAAGAAGCAAUGACAAAGCUUAAUUCUGGUACUGUCUCAUCUGUAGAUGUACCUGAUUGUAAGAAAGCUUAUGUAUGAAAUUUUGGGUAAUUAGACUGAAAGCAGUCCAUCCACUUGACUUCUGGUAAUGUCAGUUACUCUUUACAUUGGAGACUUGUUCUGUAGGUUGAUGCAGGUGCAUGUAUUGCUGUACUUUCGUAACGUACAUUUUGCUAGCAGCCAAUAGCAUUAGAGUAUUUUGAAAUCAAGAAGCAUACCCACUGAGCAGAUGCAGA